AUGCCCAAUAAUGCGCUGUCUCAAACCCCCGAUGGGCUUGUCGGGGGCUACAAGGGCGGCGACUUGACAAUACGCAUCUUGAUGAUUGUAUUCUCCGCGGUUGCAUUAUACAAUGCAAUCGAACUAUUUAUUCUUCUAUUUAUGACAUUUCAGCAUUAUCGCGGCCUCUAUUUCUGGACAAUGCUGCUGUCAGUGACUCUCGGGCUGAUUCCCCACUCAGUUGGCUAUAUCUUGGAGUUUUUCGCUCUAUCUCCGCUAUGGGUGGCAUUGGUUAUAUCCACCCUUGGGUUUUAUAUCAUGGUGCCCGGUCAAUCUGUGGUUCUCUAUUCACGACUGCACCUGGUGGUACAGAAUCCAAAGAUCUUGCGAUUUGUCCUUUGGCUUAUCAUCAUUGAUUCUGUGAUUCUUCUCAUUCCCACUACGGUUUUGACGUUCUGUACAGCCUAUAACGGAACUGCUCCGAUCGUCCGAGGCUACAAUAUCAUGGAGCGGAUGCAGCUGGCCUGGUUCUGUGCUCAAGAAUUCGUCAUCUCUGGUAUUUACAUAUCCGAAACCGUCAAAAUCCUCGGCAUGAUGCCGGAUAAAGAUCGCCGGCGAAUGAGAAUCAUGUAUGAACUGCUCGCCAUCAAUUGUAUCAUCAUCCUCAUGGACAUUGCAUUGUUGGUGGUCGAGUACAUCGGCUUCUAUUCCCUGCAGACUACUUUGAAAGCCAUGGUUUAUAGUAUCAAACUGAAACUCGAGUUUGGCGUUCUCGGAAAGCUGGUUUCUCUUGUCCACAAGCAAGGUUCAGAGCCAAACUCCUUGGAGUUGCAGGACGAGUAUCCUCAGUUCGUGGAUCCGACACAGCUUACUACCGAUGUCACACAUGCGGCUCCACUUCACGAAACAAAUUCGCGUCUCCCUCAUAGACUGAGGACGUGGAAUAAUAUUUCGCUUGACAGUCUACCUUUGUCUGAGCAACGAAUUCGCCCAUCGACUCGCUCCAUGUCUACAUCUGUGUCUAGUGACACAGAUCCAUCAUGA